AAAUAAAAUAAAAUAAAAUAAACAAUUUAUUAUAAAAUUUAUAAUCAAGUUUUUUUUUAUUUUUGUGUGAUCUUAAAAUAUCAUUGUUAAAUUGAGAAUAAGGAUAUGCGCCAUUGAGAAAAGGAAAUUUUUUAAUGGGUCGCAAAAGGUGGUGGAUGGGAGGCAGUUUCCUGGCACUUUUCCUGGUGCUGGUUCUCCUCCACGUACCAACGAUCCAGGGUGAAGGAGAAGUUGGCUGCCUAUUUGAUCCAAAUGUAUGCAAGUCUACCGACGAAACCUGCUGGGAUGAUGCAGCAUUUGGAAAAUGUAUAAGGCUUUUUAAUGCAAUUGAUGAUGAUACUUAUCGUUAUGAUUUAGACAUGAUUUGCGUCAUUUAUAGAAUUGUAGAUGAAAUAAUUAAUUGGUUACAUCCUUAUACACAGUGUGUCAUGCAAAAUGCAUUAAACAGUAUUAAAUUUCAGCUAAAACAUGAUGAAAAAUUUUGUCUUGAUUUUAAAAAUACUGUUAAUAGUGAAACAGCUGAUUUUAUUGACAUAGAAAAUGAUGAUGACGAUGAUGAUGAUACAAAUGAGGAAAUUUCACCACUUGCUGUUGUUAAAUUUUCACCAUCAAGAGGACAUGGCUAUGGUGAUUUUGCAAAUGAAAUGUAUUAUCCACCAGAAACAAAUGAUGAUAGUAAAAAUGAAGAAAUAUUUCUUCCUUAUAUUGAUGAAAAUAAAAAACCAACACGUCAUCCAACGCUGAAUUUUAAUAAAAAUGAUAAAGAUAAUUUAUUAAAUGACAAACAUGGCUAUUAUUAUGAUGACAAUGAUGAUGAUGAUAAAUUAAUAAUUGACGAUAAAUAUGAUGAUGAAUUAAUUGAUUUAACAAAAAAAUAUCAACGUAUUACUGAUGACAUGAAAAAUUUAAAUAUUAAAAAAAAAAAAAAUGAUAAUACAAUGUUUAGAUUAAGAAGAGAGCCAAGAAUUGAAAAUACAGAAAUAAGUAUUGGUGAUGAUUUAAGUAGAUAUAUAGAUUUACAUAAUUUACAAAAAGAAAAAUCUAAAAAUUCAAAUGAUAAUUGGAAAUUUGGUAAAACAAAUAAUUCAUAUGGUGAAAAAACAUUAUUUGAUUUAGUUAAAGAAAAUAAAUUACGUAAAGGUAAAGGUAAAUUUGAAUUAUUAUGGAAUGAUGAUGAUGAAGAUGAAGAAGAUGAUAAUGAUAAUGGUCGUGGUGGUGGUGAUAAUGGAGGUUAUUAUCCAGGAUAUCAUGGUGAAGGAAUGGAGGGUGAUAGAUUUGAUUCAUCUGAAGAUUUAUCAACUGACACUGAUGAUCCAGGCUGGGAUGGACUUCAAGAAUUUUUUAAUAGCCAAGGUAUAUCAGGUUUUAAAAGACCAGAGCGACUUGAUGUUAAAAAACCAGGACCAUUAUUUCCACAAAAUAAUUAUGCAUUUAAUAUACCAACUGAAAUUUCUGGUGAUGAUGAUGGUGAUAAAAAACAUGAUAGACUUGUUAAAAAAGAAAUGAUUGCAGGAAGAGAUAUAACAUUAUUGAGUCCAUCAGAAACAUACAGAAAUAGAGUUGAUAUGGAUUAUGUUUAUCUUCAAUUUGACAAACCAAUUCAUAAUUGGAAAGAUGGUGAAGACAUUGUUAAACAGGUUGGAAAAAUAAUUGGAUUUGAUCUCUGGGAUUUGUCUGAUGUUCGAGUUGGUAAUGCUGAAGUUACAUUCAAGGUCAAUGAAAAUUCAUUAAAUAUGAAUGCAACAGAUGUUGUGACUCAUUUGUAUAAAUUGAGAAAUGAGCUGGAAAAAACUAUUCAUGUGAAUCCAAUUCGUGCUGGUAUUGGUGACAAGAUAAAAUUACCAGCAAUGUGGGAAAUAAUGCCUUCAAAUGAUCCAAUAAAUCAAAAUUUAUUAGGAAUAUUAGUUGCAGCUGGUAGUGCUGCGGUUGCAACAGCAGCAGUUAUAAUAUUAUUUUUAGCUAGAAAAUAUGCAAGAAUAAGAGCUAAAUUAGCAAGUCUAUCAACACCAGAUCCAGAAGCAUCAAAAGAUUAUCAAGAGUUAUGUCGUGCAAGAAUGCAAGCAAAACAACCAACAGAAAAAAUUGAAUCACCAAGAAUUGUUAGUUUAUCAAGAGAAAGUGAAUCAUCAAAUCGUUCAAGUACAUCAUCAUGGGGUGGUGAAGAAGCAGCUGCUCUUGCUAAUAUGGAUAUAUCAACUGGUCGUAUUGUUUUGUCAUACAUGGAGGAUCAUUUGAAAAAUAAAGAUCGUCUUGAUCAAGAAUGGGCAGCAGUAUGUGCAUAUGAAUCAGAACCAUCAUCAAUAUCAAUUGCAACUGAUAAAACAAAUGCAGAACGUAAUCGUCCUGGUUCAGCACCAACUUAUGAUCAUUCACGUGUUGUUCUCAAUGAUCUUUCAAAUGAAAAUAAUUCAGACUACAUUAAUGCCUCCACAAUUACUGAUCAUGAUCCAAGAAAUCCAGCUUACAUUGCAACACAAGGUCCAUUGCCUCAAACAUCAGCUGAUUUUUGGCAACUUGUUUGGGAACAAGGAAGUGUUGUUAUUGUCAUGUUAACACGUUUAACUGAAGAAGGAAAAGCAAUGUGUCAUCGUUAUUGGCCAGAAGAAGGUUCUGAAUUAUAUCAUAUUUAUGAAGUACAUUUAGUAUCUGAGCAUAUAUGGUGUGAUGAUUAUUUAGUACGUUCAUUUUAUCUUAAAAAUUUACGUACUGGUGAAACAAGAACAGUAACACAAUUUCAUUUUCUAUCAUGGCCUGAUAAUGGUAUACCAUCAUCAACAAAAGCACUAUUAGAAUUUCGAAGAAAAGUUAAUAAAAGUUAUCGUGGAAGAUCUUGUCCAAUUGUUGUUCAUUGCAGUGAUGGAGCUGGACGAACUGGUACAUAUUGCUUGAUUGACAUGGUACUCAAUAGAAUGAUUAAAGGAGCAAAAGAAAUUGAUAUUGCAGCUGCACUUGAGCAUAUCAGAGAUCAACGACCAGAUAUGGUAUCAACAAAAAAACAAUUUGAAUUUGUUCUUGUUGCUGUUGCUGAAGAAGUACAUGCAAUAUUAAAAGCCCUUCCAACACAAAUUAAUGAUAAAAAUCCACCACUUUCACAAACAUCGAUCUCUUCAAAUUCUGAUAAAUAAAUAUAUUGUUUAUAUAUCCAUAACAAUUAAUCAACAAAAUAUCAACUCGAAUAAAUAUCUCAUUAUCGUCUUUUUUCUUUUUUUUAUCUAUUAAAAACACUUGUCAAUUUUGUGGUUUUUUAAAUAAAUAAAAUCAGGGAAUUUUCUUUAUUUAUAAAGACUGGAAUAUAUAUUUGUAUACGGCCUAGAUAAAUAAUUAUUAAUUUGUUUAGUUAUUUUUUUAUAAUUUCAAGGCCAAUGGUUUAAUUUUUUUUUUUUUAUGAAUUGAGACAUGAAAUAUUUAACAGUGGAUAAAAGCUGGAUGAAUUUUAAAUAUUAAAUUGAUAUGAAAAUUAUUAAAAUAUAAAAAUAAAAAAACAGUUCGAUCUUUUGAUAAAUAUUAUUAACAAAAUAAUUCCUCGUCUGGUAAAUAAAAAAAAAAAAAAAAAAAAACUUUGAGCGACAAAUAAUGGUACAUGAAAGUAAUUUUUAUUUAUUUAUAAUUUUUUAAUAAUUAUCAUUUAAAUAAAAAACUAAGAUUUAAUGAAGAUAAUCUUGUGGUACCAGCCUCUCACAAGAUUUCCAUUAAAUCUUAGUAUAAUUAAUUUUUUUUUUAUUCUUCAAUAAAAAAAACCAAAAAAAAAAACAAA